AGAAUUAGGUUAAACUUUUUAGAUGUAACUAAACUUUGUAUAAUCAUGGACUUGUGGGUUGAAAAGCUAAGGAAAUGUAAUUUUCCGCAUGGUAUUAUUGAUCAAAUUAAGAAACAAGAUAGCAGUGUUUCUGGAUUUCUUAAAUCCAUUAUAAACUGGAUAAAUAGCAUGUCAGCACACGAUUGCCAAUUAGUUGUUCGAAAUGAUGCUUGGAAAGAGGGCAUUCACCAACUUCUUUCACACACAGGUAUGGUGGAAGAUGGAAUUAAAUCUCAAAAAUCCGAUUUUAAAGAUUGGAAACAAAUAUUGCUUCGAUGGUUAAAUCUUGAACUGGAGCAACUUAAUGCAGAACAAAGUUGUGAAACAAACAAACACUUUUCUGCUCAUUCAGCAGUCAAGAACUUGCAUCAAACAACUAUAGAGUUCUGUUUUCAACAGUUUAAACAAAAACCUUCAGAUUUUAUUAAAACAAAAUGCUACGAAAAUCUUCUACAUUUAUCGAAACAUUCAUCUAUCCUUCAUCUACAUGGGUGUCGUGGGUCAGGAAAGUCUUACUUCAUGUCUGCUUUACUUCAUGAUUUAUCUUUUCGUAUGAAGAGAUCUCAUCGAAAGUUCAUUGUGUUUGAAUUUGGUGAUGUCGAUGUCACUAAGCAGUGCAGUUUAUUACUUGAUAAACUACGGGAAGUAUGUAGCGUUUUAGAUACUUCUCUUGUUCGUGAUGAUCUCAAAAAAGGAAAGUUUUACAGCUUAUUUGGGCUUUUGACUCAUGUUCGUGUCAAAACAGUGUUUGCCUUACAUGACACAGAAGGUACCAGGGAGUUUAUAGAGCAACUAAACCAGUUUAACCGAGAGAAACAUCAAUCCAUGAUUCAAGCUGUGUUUAUUUCCUUGGCUUGUCAAUGUAACGCAAUUUUUGGUGUUGAAAAAGAUGAUCAUUUUUCAUGCUUUUUAAUUCAAGCUUUUACCCCUACUGAAGCGUGCAACUACCUGGCUAGUUCUAAAGGGGUUUUUCCAAUGAACCGUUUUGCAUUGGAAAUCAAUGGAUGUGCAUGUAGUAAUCAACCAUUCAAUAGGGUUGAUUCUCUGAAGUUGGCACAAUACAUGGCUUGCAACCCAGUGUGUUUAAAAGCAGCCAAACUUUACUGCAAAAGAUUCAUUGUGGGCUAUGCUGAUUACUUGAAAACAAUGAAGGAGCCUGCCACAAUGAAAACUAUUCAUAAAGAAGAAGAAGCAUUACUUUAUGAAAUUGACCCAAAUGUUGCAGCAUCUUAUCAUGCACUUCAUUACCAUAAACACAAUGAAUAUGGAAAAUACUUGGCAAUACUUUCAUAUUUGCACAAUGAGGAUAUACCAGUGUUUUACAUCAGCAGAAUAUCUCAAUACUUCCGAACAAAUAAUAAUGAGCUUUCACUUACUGAGAAAGAAUCAUUGAAUCAGCAUGAAGCAUCAGUGAUUGUUAAAGAUUUAUUGCAACUUGUGGGAGAUCAUGAGGCAUUUGUACUAUCAAAGUAUGGAUGCAUAUGUCUUCCUUCAUAUAUUAUAGAUUCUUGCAGAGCCGAUGCCAAAUCUGAUGAUUGUAAAAAGAAUCUUCAAUGUGCAAUUGAAAUCAUGAUUGGAAUGAUCAGCAAGGACAACCGGGAAAAAAGUGAUGACAUGAAGCUCUUUCAGUUGCGUCCACACAUUGAAAGCUUGUUGGAAUUUGCUGGGAAAUAUUUUUCGUUGAACUUUGAAUUAAAACAACAAGAUGAAGUUGAUUUUAUGAUAAUGAUGGCUUGUUGUCGCUUGUAUAAUAUUCUUGGACAAGCUUUGAUUCAGAACAGAAUAACAUCAAAAUGGAGAGAAGCCUUGGAUAUUCUUUUUACUGCUGCCACAUACACAUGGAAUGUGGCAUGCUCGUACUCUUGCUCAGCUGGUUGUGGUCUUUUUAAGAUGUCUGUACCAGAAUCUUUGGAAUAUGUGAUAGGCAAAAAUCCAAACAAAGAUGCAAAAAAAAUUGCAAAACAAUGUGCAGAAGCGGGUUUACAAAUGAAUGAAAAGUUCAUUGAUAAAUUUAUUGUUUCUACAUUGUUGCUGGAUAAACAGAAAUUAGAUGAAUUGGAAGAACAUGCAGCAGAAAUACAUGGAAAGGAAAAAGCUCGUUAUAUUCUAAAAGAUGUUCGUACGGCUGUGGAAAAUCACUGCUUAUUAACUCAUGACCACCUUCAAAGUUUAAGGAAAUCAGGAUGCUUCUUGUCUUCAAAAUGUUACAGACAAUCUUUUCUUUCUGAGCAGAUCUGUAGUAUAUUCCAUACAUAUGGACGAGAAGUGCUUUACUGUCAUGAGGUUAUGGAUCAGGAGAGCAUUGCAAAGUGUGAAUACUACUCACAGUUUAGUCAGUGCAUUGCGAAAGCUAUCAGUUCUAUUAUCACCAAGUCUUCCACUAAAGUACGCUGUGGAAUCCUUGAAGAAUAUACUACGGUGGCAAACUGUCAGGUUCCAAGGCUACUGCAUAACAAAAUGGGGGAAAGCAGUAAACAAAGUAUUGAUCGACUAGAGCUUGCUUGUGCAAAAAUUGACAGCCUUUAUGAAGUAGAUGCACUACUGCAUCAACAUGGAUUGUAUAGAAAAAUAGUUGGAACAGAUUAUACAAAACUUAAUGCAAUGAAACAAACAGUCAAAGCAAACACAAAACUACUCAAGUUCCCCCAAACGGAUAGAAACAGCACCAAGUUACAACAAUGCAUGGAUAUGCUUGCUUUGGCAUUAAAAAAUAUUAACUUAGACAUGGCUCCCCAUUGUGUGAUACAGGCAGCAAAGUUUUUGGCAGCAUAUGGUAAUUAUAAAGACUCGUUUGAUACAUUUAUGAAAGGAUUUGACACAACCAAAGAUGGAAAAACUUAUGGACUAUACCAUUGCAUUCAGUACAAACCAAAUACAUUUGCUUGGGCAAUUACCAACUAUGCAAGAGCUGUUGCAAGCUGUUAUGAAACAACCGGAGUGUGCCAUGUGGAACAUAAAGAACAUGCAAUCAAACAUUGUAGAAAAACUUUGUGCCUACCGGGAAUUGUAGAUACUUGGAAGCCAACACUACAACAACAUAUUGACACACUCAGUUGUAUUUCCAACCAUUGA